UCUGCGCCGGAAGGAGAGCCAGAGAACGCUUUUGGAAUUAUGGCGGCGGUGGAUAUCAGAGAUAAUCUGCUGGGAAUCUCUUGGGUUGACAGUUCCUGGAUCCCUAUUUUGAAUAGUGGAAGUGUCCUGGAUUACUUUUCAGAAAGAAGUAAUCCUUUCUAUGACAGGACAUGUAAUAAUGAAGUGGUCAAAAUGCAGAGGCUAACAUUAGAACACUUAAAUCAGAUGGUUGGAGUGGAGUACAUCCUUUUACAUGCCCAAGAGCCCAUUCUUUUUAUCAUUCGAAAGCAACAGCGGCAAUCCCCUACUCAAGUUAUCCCACUGGCUGAUUACUAUAUCAUUGCUGGAGUGAUCUAUCAGGCACCAGACUUGGGAUCAGUUAUAAAUUCUAGAGUGCUUACUGCAGUACAUGGCAUUCAGUCAGCUUUUGAUGAAGCUAUGUCAUAUUGUCGAUAUCAUCCUUCCAAAGGGUAUUGGUGGCACUUCAAAGAUCAUGAAGAGCAAGAUAAAGUCAAACCUAAAGUCAAAAGGAAAGAAGAACCAAGCUCUAUUUUCCAGAGACAACGUGUGGAUGCUUUACUGCUAGACCUUCGACAAAAAUUUCCACCCAAAUUUGUGCAGCAAAAGUCUGGAGAAAAGCCUGUCCCAGUGGAUCAGACAAAGAAAGAGGCAGAACCUCUACCAGAAACUGUAAAAUCUGAGGAGAAGGAGACCACAAAGAACGUCCAACAGACAGUGGGCACUAAAGGCCCCCCUGAAAAACGAAUGAGACUUCAGUGAGUAUUGGACAAGAAAGAAACUUGCAAGAUUCCUCUUGUCCACAUUUUACCUCAUUACUGUGACAGGCUCUUGAACUUUAAAAAUCUUUGUCACAAUCGUUUGUAUAGAAUGUGCUUGUUCUUUAAGAAUGGAUAUAGAUCCUCAUGCUUUCAGUCUGGAUAUUUUUAAUGUAUCUUUUGUAACCUUUUCCCUAUUGGACUUGAGCGGCUUCCUCACUCAUAUGUUUACUGCUGUAUAUGUUUAAAAGCAAAAUAAAGGUAUUUGUAUAAAUUA